ACAGCCAAAUGUAUCCUAAUGAGAGAAAGAGGAAUAUAUGGUGAAUAGUUGUAGAGCUUAAAAGUUUAAACAAACUGCAUGUCAGAACCAGGAGGCUGCUUCUAAAUGAAACCAGAGAAUGAUAUGGUGCUGGUUGUGACCCUUCUCAGCAUUGUGACCCUGACCACUGCCUUAUUGAACGUUUCAGUCAUACUUGCGAUCAUGAACACCAGAAAACUCCACCUUCCCGCCAACUACCUGAUCUGUUCUUUGGCUGUCACGGACUUCCUGGUGGCCAUCUUGGUGAUGCCACUAAGCGUCCUCUACAUCGCCACAAAGAGGUGGAUGUUGGGAUGUGUCGUCUGUGAGGCGUGGCUGAGUGUGGACAUGAUCUGCUGCACCUGCUCCAUCCUGCAUCUAUGUGUCAUCGCCCUGGACCGCCACUGGGCCAUCACCAAUGCCCUGGAGUACGCCUGCAAGAGAUCCCCGCGCCGCGCCGCCAUCAUGGUCACCAUCGUGUGGACCAUCUCCGUCCUCAUCUCAGUGCCUUCUCUGUUCUGGAGGCACAGCGGGGAUGACAACUUCGGCAACUACACAAAGUGUAUCAUCGAGCAUGACCACAUCGGCUACACCAUCUACUCCACCUUCGGGGCCUUCUACAUCCCCAUGGCUCUCAUCUUCAUCCUCUACUACAGGAUCUUCAUUGCUGCCCGGACCUUGUACCACAAACGGAGCUCCUCUGGGAGCCUGUGUAAGAGGAGAGCUAACAGCCACAACUGCCUCAGUAGCUGCUGCAUCGCACCAACGUCUCUCUGUGCGUCUGAGAUGUCUACCUCGGAUCCCGUGCUAAACACAGAGCUGAAUAGAGUCAACGAUCCCACCAGCCCAAGCCGGGUAGCGGGGGACUGGGGGACUUGUGAUGAGAGGACCCAGAUCUGUGCCUCCAGAGAGAGGAAGGCUGCCCGCACACUGGGCCUCAUCCUGGGGGCUUUUAUCCUAUGCUGGCUGCCUCUAGCUCCACAAUUGCUGGUGGGCAUCCGGGUGUUUCAUGCCUCAGCACAGGUGUCGGACUUCCUCACGUGGCUGGGAUACGUUAACUCACUCAUCAACCCCCUGCUCUACACCAGCUUCAAUGAGGACUUCAAAAAGGCUUUUAAGAAACUGCUCCGAUGUAACAAGCGCAAAUAGACAUUUCAUGUGCUAUCCUCAAUGCUUAUUGAGUUACACCUGCCAGGUCUAGUCUCCAACGCAACCAAGGCCGGGAGAUUUAAAAACACACCGGUAAACAGAAAGAUGAAGAGAUAGUACUGCAUCUUAAAGGGGCAAACAGUAGUUUAAACAAUAACAAAGCGGACACCACACCACUUUUUUGGUAAACAGCUGAAGGAUGGGGCUGGAGAAGUGUAAACACUCAAAUUCAUAGACAGAGCAAUGGAUGCAAGGACUGACCAUCCAUGAUAUCAAUAUUAUAGUUGUAUCUAUGUUUUGAGACUAUAAAGCAUUUGUUUACAAUUACAUUGUUUACAAACAAUGGAGUAAAACAAGCUUAUAUUU